AUGUUUGAUUCUGGUGUUCCUGGAUUGAAAGCAAAAAGAAUUUAAGUUUUUAUAUGUUGCUUUAUGCAAUAUGCAAUGUUACAUUCAUGUAGAUCAACAUGGAGUUUCACAAGUGGAUUAUUGGCAAAAUCAGAUGAUCAUGAACAUGACGAUGAAAAAAUAGAUGAUUUUGAUAAAUAGUAUUUGGGAUACAUAAACUUUUCAUUUCUAUUUGUAUAUGGAUCAUCAAUGCUUUUGUAUGAUUACUAAUUUACAUAGCCUUGGUUAAAUUGGUGAUAGAAUAGGUCCAAAAUUAUUUAUGUUAUGCGGAACAUUUUCAACAGGAAUCAUAUAAUUUAUGAUAGCAGCAUUAUUACCAGUAGAACGACAUAAUAGAUGGUUAUUGCUUGUACUUUAAAUAUUUAAUGGUAUAUCAUAAGCACCUGCAUGGCCAGGUUUGAUGGCUAUAAUGAAUAAUUGGCAGAGUAAACCAAAUAAAGUGAUAGUAAUGGGUUAUUUUGCAGCAUGCACAAAUGUAGGUAAUAUCUUAGGAGACUUAUUUGCUGCUCUAUUAAUAGAAUAGCUAGGAAUGAGUGUAAUGGCACCUAUAUAUAUAUCAGCUAUUGGAGUUUUAAUAAUGUCUGUGAUAAACAUUUUUAUGAUUGAAGCUAGUUCAGCUAAAGAAUACAUAGCUUAAUUUAAGAAUCCAAAUACUAAAUCAUUAGUUUAUAAAUAAGCUCAUGAUGAAUAUAUGAGUAGAGCUGCAUCAAUUGUUUCUGUCUCUGAAUAAUCAUUUGUUACUGACUUAAGUUAAACUCUUUUAACUGUUGAUAGAGAUUCUCAUAUGAAUCCAUAGAUUCCACCUAAACCAAAAAAGAAAAAGGAAAAUAGCAUAAAUAUGAUUACAGCUUGGAAAUUACCAAAUGUUGCUUUAUAUGCUUUUGCAUUUGGUUGUAUUAAAGCUGUCUUCUAUAUUCUUGCAUUUUGGUUACCUUCUUAUCUAAAAGGAGAAAACUUAGAAGGUGUUGCAUGGAUAACUUAAAUGAUUGAAUGGGGUACUAUUCCAGGAGGUAUUUUGAUUUGGUAUUUAUUAAAUUAUUAUCAUAGUUAUGCAGGAGUUCAUUGGAAUUUAAGAGCAAGUCUAAUUGUACCAUCAUUAUGGAUUGGUACAGUAGUUAUGGUCAGCAUAAACUUUUUAUCUAAGUUAGAUUAACCAUAUGUUCUCUAUUAUAUUUUAGUAUUUUUGACAGGAUUAAUGAUUGGUGGUGUUUAUAAUAAUGUUUCAGGUGCUAUUGUUAUUGAAUUAAGUAACAUGAAAGAAUUAAAAGGUAUUCAUACGAUUUAUAAUUUAAAGGAAAUAAGAAAUCUACUGCAACAGUUACUUCAGUUGUCAUGGGAUAUGGAGCAGUCUUUGCUGCCAUUAAUCAAUUGAUUGUACCAUAUUUGGAGUCUAUCCUUUUUUUAUAUUGCAGUCUCAAUGCUAUUAUAGCUGGCUGUUUUCUUAUUCCAUUAAUUAUUAACGAAUACAAAAGAUAUAAAGAACAGAAGUCAAAGGUAGGAGAUGUUAAAUGAAAU